CCACCUGUACUAAUAAAAUCAAAGCUAGUGAAACAAAUCUCUACAAUGAGGCGCGCAGUUCAAAUCUUGUAUGGUUGAGACAAUUUACUAUUAAUUUCUGGCCUUUCUUCUUAUCAAUUUUGCCCGGUUUGUCCGAGAUAAAGAGUCUCUCGGUAUUACUCUAAUUAACUUGAGGACCACCAAAGAGUGAACAUCAUAAAGCCGAACCACAUCUUCGAUGUUGAAAGGAGUCCUCACUCUCGGGCAACAGGUCUCUCGAGUUUCAAGCCCCCAGUGGUUUCAGAUCACAAGGCAUUACAGUUACGGUUCAGUCUCGUCCAAAAUUGGCAAAGCAGAUAAUAAUAUGAUUGACAUUGAUUUCCGCAGUGACACCCUUACCAAACCAACCGAUGCCAUGAGACAAGCCAUGGCAAAUGCGGUUGUCGGUGAUGAUGUGUACCAUGAAGAUCCGACUGUCAAACAAUUGGAAGAGAAAUCUGCUAAAAUGAUUGGUAUGGAAGCUGCACUUUUCGUUCCAAGUGGUGUCAUGAGCAAUUUAAUAGCUGUUCUAACUCACUGUAAUACUCGAGGAUGUGAAAUGAUCACUGGGGACAAGAGCCACAUGUUUCUCUAUGAGCAGACUGGAGUUUGUCAGUUUGGAGGCGUCUCAAUAAAUACAGUGCACAACCUACCUGAUGGCACCUUUGACCUUGAAGAAAUGCAGCAUCAUAUUCGUAGCAGAGAUUUGCACGAACCCACAACAGCUCUUAUCUGUGUCGAGAACACGCACAACAAGUGUGGAGGUCGUGUUUUGCCCCUUUCCUGGCUUAACGAGCUCGUAGAAAUUGGCAAAAAGUGCAAUCUGCCACUUCACAUGGACGGCGCCCGCAUCUACAACGCUUCGAUUUAUCUAGGGGUGCCUGCCAAACGCAUCGUCCAAGGGUUUUCUUCCGUAAGCAUUUGUCUAAGCAAAGGACUUGGUGCACCUGUUGGCUCCCUUUUGCAUGGUUCAAGGGAUUUCAUCGAAAGAGCUAGGCGACUGCGCAAGGCCUUGGGCGGAGGAAUGAGACAGUGUGGAGUGAUUGCAGCAGCUGGAAUUGUUGCUUUGGACUCGAUGAUUGAACGUCUUGCUGAAGAUCAUGCAAAUGGAGUCGCUCUCGCAAAAGGAAUUGCCGCGUUGAAUCAUCCCUAUUUCAAAGUUGAUGUGAAAAAUAUGCAAACCAACAUUUUGGUCUUCAAUGUGGACCCCAGUAAGGUCAAUACGAGCGAAUUUUGUGCCAAACUGCAAGAGAAUACUGACGAUCAACUGACAGCUUUGGGCGGGAAGGGUGUCUGCGUGAAAGCCGUUCCGUUUGGAGCUAGUCUCAUUCGUUUUGUUGUUAACCACCACAUUACUCCAAAGAUGAUUGAGUUGGCAUUGCAGAAAAUUACUUUGGUUGUCAACGAGUACAAAAUAUAAUUCACAAAAACCUAUUUGGUUGCAUUUUUAUCAUUUAUUGAAUAAAUUUUUACUCUCAA